AUGAAAAAAAAAUUAAUCCAGUCCACAGAUAAUUUGGAAAAUUGUUAUAUUAAAAACCAUACCCAAAAUAUACCAUGCGAAGAUGGUUGGAAAUACAAAGACGAAAUUACAAACUCUGUUAUAUCUGAGUGGAAUCUUAUUUGUGAGAAAGACUUUCUAGUCACAUUAGCCCUUGUUUUGUUCGGCACCAGCGGCUUAAUUGGAAACUAUAUUUUUGGAUAUGUGCAAGAUGGUUUUGGAAGGAAACCGGCUUACUAUAUAUAUUUAUUAAUAGGAUGCAUUUUUGGUGUAGCCACUGCUUUUGCCGAAAAUUACGUCAUGUGGGUAAUCUUUAGAAUUGGAGUCGGAUUUACCGUUCCGGCUAUUUUAGGUACGCCCUACGUUUUAGAUCUAUUCUAUACAUAUAGCAAAAAUAGAAAAUUUGAUAUAUUUUUUUAUAGAGUUAAUAAAAAACAAGUACCUAAGGAUCUCAUAGCCAAUUUCAGGACACAAAGAACUCAUCAAAAAAUAAAUUGUAAAUCAAAAAUUAGAUAUGGAAUCAAAGAUUUAUUCAGAUCAAAAAAUUUGAGAUGGAAAACAAUUAUUAUAACAUUCUUAUGGUUUACCAACACUAGUGUUUAUGUGGGAUUAUCUUACUAUGCUCCUACUUUGGGUGGAGAUGAAUAUUUAAACUUUUUUCUUGCUGGAGCCGUUGAACUUCCAACUUAUUUAUUCUUAUGGCCUGCAAUGGAAAGGCUUGGUCGAAGAUGGACAUUAUGUAUUAGCAUGAUUAUUGGAGGAACGUCCUGUUUAGCAACAUUUCUGGUACAAAAUGAUUAUGUUACUACACUGGCCCUAUAUUGUGUAGGUAAAAUGGGUAUAUCUUCGUCUUUUGUUGUGCUACCUUUGAUGGCGUCCGAACUUUAUCCCACCGUAGUAAGGGGAUUGGGAAUGAGUCUUAGUUCGGUUAUAGGGAUGUUAGGACCUAUAUUUAUUCCUUUAGUUAACUACCUCGUAAGUAAAGCCAUAUUUACCUUAUAUUUUUUAUUUUUAUGUUUAAGUUUUGAAAACAUAAAUUUUAAUAACAUCGAAGACCACUACAAUUACAUUAAAGAAAGUAUUCACUCUGCAGCAAAAGAAGCGCUUGGAUAUUACGAAAAGAAAAACAAAAAUACUCCAUACUGGUGGGAUGAAGAAAUAGACACAGCGAUAAAACAAAAGAAACAAAAGUAUGAACAAUAUUUAAGUGCAACAACAGAUACAAAUUGGUCUGAUUACAAAAACCAUCAAGCUAAGGGUUCCGAUAUUCUUAUAUUGCCUUUAAUAAUAAUGGGGACCAUGCUAAUAAUGGGAGGAACUUCUUCGUUACUCUUACCGGAAACUCUUAACCAGCAUCUUCCUCAAACGCUUCAAGAUGCAGAAACUACUCCAUUGGAUUGUUUUGCUUUUUGUAAUAUACCACAAAAAUCUGAAAAACAUGUAUCUGUAUUUGAAAGUAAAAUGUAA